GUGCUUUUCGGAUAUAUAUUUUGUCUACCUUUCUUUCGAACUAUUCCCUUACGUCUUAUGUUGUUAUUGUGUUCAUUUUUCAAAAUUUAAGUCUAACAGUAAUGAUCUGGUAAGGUAUGAAUCAAAUGGUUAUGUCUCUGAUAAUCGUGAUGAUUUAUCUUCACCUUCUACAUAUUUACUCCAUUUACCUUCAAAUGAAAGAAAGAAAACUGUUGCUGUUUUGAUGACUGUUAGAGCUGUUCUAUUUGAUGCAGUUUUUCUUUUUUAUAAUCCAAAGACGGGUCAAUUUACCCAAAGAUCUUAUGCUAAAUUCCAUAAAAGCCUUUCUUUCGAAUUUAAUUUUGGAGAGUGGUUUGAGUUGGAGUAUAUGGAUAUUCCACAAAACAAAACACAAAUUAUUAUACUUGCUUAUUCCAAAGUAGAUAAAUUUGUUACUACUCGUGUUAGAGAUGGACUUUGUGCUCAGUUCUCUACAAAGCAGGAUCGUUUCCUAAAUGUUUGGCAUACAGUCUUCCCCUGCUUGGAAAAGAAUUGUUAUUACGAAGAUAUGGGUUGGUGGCCAUGGUUAUGUCGAAAAUGUUUCCCGGGUUUAUCUGAUGUGGUAGAUACAAAAACUAAUGGAAGUAUGACAGAAAAUAAUAAUAGUAAUGGCGAAGGAAUUAGAGUUUCGGCGGGAGAAAAAUUUAUUCAUUAUAUUUUACAAUUUCAAAAGGAUAAAUCUAAACCGAGCGAAUUGGAGGAAUUUGCAAGGAGAAUGCGCGAUUCUUUUGUUUUUUCUUUCGAUGAUUUGAAGUAUUUUUUAAAUAAUAAAAAAGAUCUUAAGAAUAAUGAUUGUGAUGUAUCUACGCAGUCUUCUUCUCCAGUAAUUAUCAUGAAUGAUACAAAAGAACAGGAUAAAAAACAGGAUAAUCAAAUAUCCGUAAAACCACAACAGAGACAGAUUGUUGGUUAUAGCGCUUCUGUGUACAAGCAAGGUCCAUCAGAGAUGGUUAUGGCUGUUCUGAUGGCUGUUAGACAAAAUGGAGAUUCAGUCUUUUUAUUUUUUGAUAAGGAGCAAGGAAAAUUCUCUCAUCGAGUUUAUUCAGAUCCACCAAACAAAAUUAGUGGAAGUCCAGAGAUUGGUAAAUGGUAUAAACUGGAACAUAGACAUUGCACUAGCAAUCUUGCAUUAGGACAGAAAAUUAGUAUAUGUUCGCUCGCGGCAAUUGGGAAUCCUGUAGAGACUCGAAUAAAAAAUGGAAUUUUGGCUCAGUUUAAUACAAAAGACAAAUUCAUUUCUGUAUGGCAUGACAAUAUUGAGAAAUGGCAUAACUAUAAAGCUUCUCCUGACGGCCCUUGGUGGCCUAAGCUCUGUUCAAUGUGUUACCCUUCUAGUUUUGUUGAACAUGAUAGACGAUUUCCACGCAUUCCUUCCCUUAUUCAUCACAUUCCGCCGCCUAUUCAUCACAUAAUUCCGUCCAUUCCUCCACCUGUAAUAGCGCCACCACAAAGAUCAAACAGCCAGCCUUGGACGGACAAACUUGAUGGACUAAUUUACACAGAAUCUGAAGAAUGCGAUAGUGACGCAAGUAUUAGUAUUGGCCGAAAAGUGGCCGCUGGUUUAUCACAACUUGAUAAUUCGCCUCUUAUUGCUUACUCACCCCCAUUGGAUCAACAAAGAAAAACUAGUAAUCCAAAAACACGUCCACAGCCCAUCUCUGUCACUGGAAAACUCUUCUGUCGUGUAAAUAACAAAUCUUCUGACAACAUAGAUAAGAUAAAUACAUCAACUAAUUCACUGAAUCUGACAAAAAAUCCAGCAAAAGUUGAUAUGUUUGCUGAACUUGUAAAAGAGGAGCGGCAAGAAAUGUCAAAUGAGAAUAUUGAGACAAUCACGAUGGGGUCGGUGAUUUGUGAAGGAGGUUUUGGCAGUGCUCGUAUGCGGAGAUUUGUAUCUGGUAGUGUAACAAGUUCAAACACAUCUCCAUCAUUGAAUUGA